UGACACUCGGCUUUUAUGCGGAAGGCUGUAGAUAACCUGUCAAGCCGAUCAAAGGGGGCGAUUAAUAAGCCGCGAGGGAGCGACCGCUCACUGGUUGUCAGCAAAAUUAUGCGGCGGUUUCCAACGAGAGCCCUGCGCCACACGGGGCGGCGGGGUUUCUUCCCCUCGCCGGAACGCGCCGUGCCCCGGGACGGUUCCGUCCUUCCUGGGAUGCCCCCGCCCUCAUACGCCCGGCUGCCCUAUGAUGGAUCCUCGACGGCCGAGAUUGUGCGUGGUGAUGGCUCGCGGUUCUUUGGCCCUUCCCUUCACGACUUCCGCCAGAUGCUCAUGUCGAACGGAAAACACACCGUGAGAGAAUCUUUCCUUAGACAGUUCUCAACGAUAAACGAGAGAGAUGAUAUGUCACUUGAAGAAGAGGCCGAGAGGAAAGCUGGUUGGUUGCUGAAACUCUUUUUUAUAGGAACUGCGGCACUUGUUGCAUUUGAGUUCUUUCCUUACAUGGGAGAGACUCUGUUGCAACAGUCCAUCUCUCUUUUGCAUGUCAAAGAUCCCUUGUUUAAGAGAAUGGGAGCUUCCAGAUUGGCUCUGUAUGCAGUUGAUGAUGAGAGGAGGAUGAAAGUAGUAGAGAUGGGCGGAGCCUUAGACCUGUUGAAUAUGCUGAAGACUGCCAAGGAUGAUAAGACACGCAAACAAGCUCUUAAAACUCUUGUCGCCCUUUCUCACUCUGAUGAAGCUGCCGAGGCUUUGCACCAAGCAGAUGCGAUUGCUAUUGUUAGCUCCACUCCAAAUUCCGUGGAAUAUGAUGAAGUUGAAACAUACAAGUCCAGCCUACUUAAGAGGUUUCAAGAGUUGAAACAUGAGAUCCCAUCGGAAAUUAGUUGAAAUGCAAUUUUUAUAAAAAAAUCUUCUGUUUUGUUUGAUACCAAUUCGGGUAACAUGUAGGACUGCUAAGAUAAGAUACCGAACCAAGUAGUACAUAUCAGACUGUACCUUUUGGUAUCAUUGAAAACUCAAGCUUUGCAGCUAUGAGAAAUUCUUAUUAUAUGCUGCAAUAAUUUUCCUUUGGUUCCCACCACAAACUGACCAACCUUGAACAUUGCAAAUGUACUCGAUUGCAAAUUUGAUUUAAAUGCCUUUGUUUUCA